AGCAUACACAAAACCAUGGUGGAAACGAAAGUCACAGAGAUGGUGAUUAAGGUGGUUGACCUUGGCUGCGAAAAAUGCCACAAGAAAAUCAAGAGAGUACUGUGUGCUAUCCCUCAAAUCCAGAACCAGACAUAUGACAAGAAGGAAAACACAGUAACAAUCACUGUGGUGUGUUGCUGUCCUGAAAAGAUCAAGAAAAAAAUAUACUGCAAAGGAGGUCGAACUGUCAAGUGCGUUGAGAUCAAGCCGCCUCCGAAACCAAAACCAGAACCAAAACCAGAAACAAAACCAGAACCAAAACCAAAACCAGAACCAAAACCAGAACCAUGCCCAUGUUGUGAAAAAUGCCGCCGAGGCCCAUGUUGUCAUCACUAUUGCAUGCCAACAGUACCUCCAUAUUGUCCUGUACCUUGUAGAAGGGCGGUGUGUGAUAUAUGGGAAGACGGUUGUUGUAGUUGCCGAAGUAGGGGUUACUAUCUGUGCAGAAGUGCAUAUGUUUGUGAAGAGUACUAUCCCUCGGCGCCAUGCACAAUCAUGUAAAGGGAAAUCAAGUUCAGAAGACCGAUGGUUUGAGUCAACGUCCAAGAUCAAACAUUGGAUUCAAAUCCAGUGGUCAUGAUGGACCUUAGUACUGUUGUUGUAUUUAUAUCAUCCCUUUAGUGUUGCUGCUGUUGUUUUGACCUCUUUCAUCUAGCUAGAUGAUGCACGACUUUGUGCCUAGCUAGUACUCUCAAGUCAAUGGUCACAGUUUUUCCAUGGUUGAUGGCUUGUUACAUGUUUGGUCAGCAAAUAUUGUUAAAUGGCUUGUUACAUCUAGAUUCAAAUCCUAGUCUUUGUUUUUUAUGCUCUCU